CCCACACCCAUUUUUAGAAAAAAAAUUAAAAAUCCCCCAAAAAAAGCGAAAAUAGCUUUUUAUCUUCUACUCUACUACCUCUCCGUCUGUGUCACGAGUUUCAUCAUCUUCUAUUCUCUAAUUAGCCGUUCCAGAAAUACAAAUUCUGAUAGGGUUUUCGAAGAGAAAGAGACUGAAAUGGCGACGAUGGAGAGCUUGAUAGGGUUAGUGAAUAGAAUACAGAGAGCAUGUACGGUGCUUGGUGACCACGGCGGUGACACUGCUCUUCCUACUCUCUGGGAGGCUCUUCCCUCUGUUGUUGUUGUCGGUGGACAGAGUUCUGGAAAGUCGUCGGUACUGGAGAGUGUUGUUGGACGUGAUUUUCUACCCAGGGGAUCCGGGAUUGUGACGAGGAGGCCUCUGGUGCUUCAACUGCACAAGACAGAACCAGGGAAACAAGACUAUGCAGAGUUCCUGCAUUUGCCACAGAAAAAGUUCACUAAUUUCUCUAUGGUUCGGAAGGAAAUUCAAGAUGAAACUGAUAGGGUGACUGGGAAAUCAAAACAGAUUUCUCCCAUUCCUAUUCAUCUUAGUAUCCAUUCCCCAAAUGUUGUCAACUUAACUCUGAUAGAUUUGCCCGGAUUGACAAAGGUUGCUGUAGAGGGACAGCCAGAGAGUGUUGUUCAAGAAAUAGAAACAAUGGUUCGUUCAUAUGUUGAGAAGCCAAACUGCCUCAUUUUGGCAAUAACUCCAGCCAAUCAAGAUCUAGCAACCUCUGAUGCUAUCAAGCUUUCUAGAGAAGUUGAUCCUACUGGUGAAAGGACCUUUGGCGUUUUGACAAAGCUUGAUUUGAUGGACAAGGGAACAAAUGCUUUAGAUAUUCUUGAAGGCAGGGCUUAUCCGCUUCAACGACCUUGGGUUGGAAUUGUAAAUCGCUCACAAGCUGACAUUAAUAGAAAUGUGGACAUGAUUGCUGCUCGGCGGAGGGAGCGUGAGUUCUUUGUCACUAGUCCUGAUUAUGGACACUUAGCCGGCGGAAUGGGCUCAGAAUAUCUUGCAAAACUUCUGUCUAGGCAUUUGGAAUCUGUGAUUAGAACUCGCAUACCUGGCAUCAUAUCUCUAAUUAACAGAAGCAUUGAUGAACUUGAAGCAGAGUUGGAUCAUCUGGGUAGACCAGUUGCUAUUGAUUCUGGGGCCCAGUUAUAUACUAUCUUAGAGUUGUGUCGUGCAUUUGAUCGAGUGUUCCAGGAGCAUUUGGAUGGAGGACGACCAGGUGGUGAUCGUAUUUAUGGAGUUUUUGAUAGUCAUCUCCCUGAUGCUUUGAGGAAGCUUCCAUUUGACCGCCAUCUGUCACCACAAAAUGUGAGGAAAGUGGUUUCAGAAGCAGAUGGGUACCAACCUCAUUUAAUUGCCCCUGAGCAAGGUUAUCGACGGCUCAUUGAUAGUGCACUUAAUUAUUUCAGAGCCCCAGCUGAGAGUUCAGUAGACACUGUUCACCGCAUUCUGAAGGAACUUGUGAGAAGAUCAAUAGGAGAAACUCAGGAGCUGAAGCGCUUUCCAACUCUUCAAGCUGAGAUUGCAGCAGCUUCCAAUGAAGCAUUGGAGAGAUUCCGCGAGGACAGUAAGAAGACUACUUUGCGGUUGGUGGACAUGGAAUCCUCAUACCUAACUGUUGAUUUCUUUCGGAAACUUCCCCAGGAAGUUGAGAGGGGUGGAAAUCCAACUGCCUCGACGGUAGACCGAUACACAGAGGGGCAUUUCCGCCGGAUUGGAUCAAAUGUUACCUUAUACAUUGGAAUGGUGGCUGAGACCCUUAGGAAUGGCAUUCCUAAAGCUGUGGUACACUGUCAAGUGAAGGAGGCCAAGCGGUCAUUAUUAGAUCACUUCUACACACAACUGGGCCAAAAAGAGGCGAAGCAACUCGCUCAGUUGCUGGAUGAAGAUCCUCGGUUGAUGGAAAGGAGACAGCAAUGUGCCAAGAGGCUUGAGUUAUACAAGUCUGCUAGGGAUGAGAUUGAUUCUGUCACCUGGAUCAGAUGAAAUGUAUAGUGAAUCACAGGACAUACUAGAAAUUAUCAGUAAUAUAGGGGACAUGUUAUCUGGAUUUGAAGUACAUUGUGGCUUGCUAUUAUUUUCGUAUUAUGAAAUUCAUGCAAAUCUUUUCUAGAUUGGAUUGUGUAGAUUUUCCUGUUGUAGGUUUUGCUAAUCGAACUUGAAUAGGAAUCGAAAUAUUAAAAUU